ACGAACUCUCUCAAGUCGUGCUUGCUAAAAAGUAAUAAACAAAACAAGAGAGAGAGAGAGAGAGAGAGAGAGAGAGUUUUCCUUUCCUUCUUCCAUUAGCCAGCCAGAAAAAGAAAACACGCUUCCGUCUUUGAAAAUCACUGUUUUGCCUUCACCCCAAACACAAAAAGGAUCCCUUUUCAUUUUUUCAUUUUUUUCUGGGGUUUUGCUUCCCUCUUGGUUCUAUUUUCUCUUCGUUUCUUGAGAAAAUGAAAUGCAAUCUGUUAUCAAAAACCCUUCUCUUCUUCUUCUUCUUCUUCUUCUUCUCUCUCUCCUGUUUUCUCUCUCUUGUCUCUGGUGAUGAAGCUUUUCCUGAUAAAUCUGUUCUGUUGGAAUUCAAGUCCGCUGUUUCUGAUCCUUAUGGGAUUCUCUCAAGCUGGAACCCCAACAGCAGCAACAAGACUAGUCACUGUUCAUGGUUUGGUGUCACGUGCAACUCCAAAUCCAGGGUUAUCUCACUGAAUAUCACUGGUGGGGAUGGCUAUGGAGGUAAUUCUAAAGUUCCUCCUUGUUCAAGGUCUUUGAAGUUUCCUUUUUUUUCUCUUGGGACUAAAAGAACAUGUUAUAAUCAUGAUGGGAAACUGAAGGGGAAGUUGUCUCCUUCUAUUGGAAAACUUAGUGAGCUUAGAGUUUUAUCAUUGCCUUAUAAUGAGUUUAGUGGGGAAAUUCCCAUGGAGAUAUGGGGUUUAGAUAAAUUACAAGUGCUUGAUCUUGAAGGCAAUUUGUUUGCUGGGAAAUUGCCAGACGAAUUUGCUGGUUUAAAGAAGUUGAGGGUUUUGAAUCUUGGUUUUAAUAGACUUGAUGGGGGGAUUCCAAUUUCUCUGUCCAAUUCUGUGUCUAUGGAGGUUUUGAAUUUAGCUGGCAACAUGCUGACGGGAUCUAUUCCCGGGUUUUUUGUUAGUUUUAGGAAGUUGAGGGAGCUUAAUUUAGCUAAUAAUGAGCUAAAUGGGACUGUUCCUGGUGGUUUUGGAAGCAAUUGUCGGUACCUUGAGCAUCUUGAUUUGUCUGGGAAUUUUCUUGCUGGUGGGAUCCCUCUUACUCUGGGAAAUUGUCAACAGUUACGGAUACUUUUGUUGUUUUCGAAUAUGUUGACGGGUGUCAUUCCUCGCAAGUUGGGUCAGCUGAGCAGGCUUGAAGUUCUUGAUGUUUCAAAAAACUUCAUUAAUGGUGCAGUCCCUGCUGAACUUGGAAAUUGUGUUGAGCUGUCAGUUCUUAUCCUUUCAAACCUUUUCGAAACACAGCCAGGGGAGAGAAAUAAGAGUGGAAAGGUAUUAGUUGGAUUGUCACGUGUUGCUGGUGUUGAGUAUAAUCAUUUUGUAGGAUCUCUUCCUGCAGAGGUCGCAGCCCUUCCAAAGCUGAGAAUACUUUGGGCACCUAGGGCAACUCUGAAAGGGAAGCUUCCAACCAGUUGGGGUGACUGUGAGAGCUUGGAGAUGGUGAACUUAGCUCAGAACGGUUUCUAUGGACAAAUAAAGGGAGCUUUUGAGAGAUGCAAGAAGCUGUAUCACCUUGAUUUGAGCUCAAAUAGGUUAAGGGGGGAGCUUGAUAGGAAUCUUCCAGUUCCUUGUAUGACAGUAUUUGAUGUCAGUCACAACCUCUUAUCAGGCCCUAUCCCCAGAUUUGAUUAUAACGUGUGUUCCCCCUCCUUGAACUCGGAUCCUGUCCAAGUUGACGACCCAUCAGGAUAUGUACCAUUCUUCACACGUGAAACUCGCGUUGCAAGCCAUUUGCCUUUUGUUCCUGCUAGUUUAGCUGUGAUUCACAAUUUUGGCGGAAACAACUUUACUGGUCAAAUCCGUUGGCUCCCAGUUAUUCCAGAGAGAUAUGGGAAGCAGAUUGAUUAUGCCUUUCUUGCUGCUGGGAACACGCUCACCGGAUCGUUUCCUGGAAGCUUAUUUAGAAAGUGCGGUGAAUUAAAUGGAAUGAUUGCUGAUGUUAGCAAAAACAAAUUAUUAGGUCCUAUUCCAUUGAAUAUUGGUGCAAUGUGCAGAUCUCUUAGAUUUUUGGAUGCCUCUGACAAUGAAAUUUCAGGGUAUAUUCCUCCCAGUCUUGGGAAUUUGAGAUCACUCAUCACCCUUGACUUCAGUGGUAAUAGACUGUGGGGUCAAAUUCCAGCAAGGCUCUAUCGAUUGAAGUACUUGAAGCACAUUUCCUUGUCUGGCAACAACCUGACUGGUGCCAUCCCUUCUGGCUUGGGGAGGUUACGUUCUCUUGAAGUGUUAAAUCUUUCUUCAAAUUCCCUGUCCGGUGAGAUUCCACAGGACAUUGUGCUUUUGAAAAACCUAACUGUUCUUUUGCUUGACAACAACAAUUUCUCAGGACAGAUUCCCUCUGGUUUAUCUAAGGCAGCAUCACUAUCUACAGUUAAUGUCUCCUUAAAUAACCUUUCUGAGCCAUUCCCCUUGAUUCGUAAAGUGGCAAAUUGCGGCAAUGCCCCUGGAAAUCCAUAUCCUAACCCAUGCCAUAGAUUCCUCCAAUCUGCUCCAUCUGAUUCGACAGAUAGCAAUGGUACUUCUUCACCAGGGUCUAAAGCUGGGUUUAAUUCAAUUGAGAUUGCAUCCAUAGCAUCUGCAUCAGCCAUUGUUUCUGUUCUUCUAGCUUUGGUUGUUCUCUUCUUUUACACAAGAAAACGGAUCCCAAUGGCCAGGGUUCAGGUUUCCGAACCCAAGGAAAUUACCACAUUUGUUGACAUUGGUGUUCCAUUAUUAUAUGAGAAUAUUGUACAAGCAACAGGGAAUUUCAACUCGAUCAAUUGCAUUGGGAAUGGAGGGUUUGGUGCCACUUACAAGGCUGAAAUUUCUCCAGGAAGCCUAGUGGCCAUAAAGAAGCUUGCUGUUGGAAGGUUUCAAGGUGUUCAACAAUUUGAUGCUGAGAUAAAGGCCCUUGGGAGGGUGAGGCAUCCCAAUCUUGUUACUUUGAUAGGAUACCAUGCCAGCGAAACAGAGAUGUUCCUCAUAUAUAAUUACUUGCCAGGAGGUAAUUUGGAAGAUUUCAUUAAAGAGAGAUCGACAAGGGAGGUUAGUUGGAAGAUUCUUCACAAGAUUGCUUUGGAUGUAGCCCGGGCGCUUUCUUAUCUUCAUGAUCAAUGUGCUCCUCGUGUUCUGCACCGUGAUGUCAAGCCCAAUAACAUAUUGCUGGAUAAUGACUUCAAUGCUUACUUGUCCGACUUUGGAUUAUCUAGGCUUUUGGGAACCUCUGAAACCCAUGCAACAACUGGUGUAGCAGGAACAUUUGGAUAUGUUGCCCCGGAAUAUGCUAUGACCUGUCGUGUCUCCGAGAAGGCAGAUGUUUACAGCUAUGGUGUGGUGCUACUUGAGUUGAUAUCAGAUAAGAAACCGUUGGAUCCUUCAUUUUCUUCACAAGAGAAUGGUUUUAAUAUUGUUUCUUGGGCAUGCAUGCUAUUGCGACAUGGUCAAGCGAAGGAGGUCUUCACUACAGGACUCUGGGAUUCUGGUCCGCAUGAUGAUCUGGUAGAUAUGCUGCACUUGGCCGUCACUUGUACAGUUGACAGCCUCUCAAACAGGCCUACGAUGAAGCAAGUUGUUCAACGGUUGAAGAGAAUUCAACCCUCCUAGCGUUAAUCAGGAUGGUGGAAGGUGCCUGUCUGUACAUCCUAGCAUAGAAGAUAUCACAUGAGAAUAGAAAAUCGUAGUUGUAAAACACCUCUUAAGAUAUUGAACCGAAGUGGUGGUUUUCAUUAGAAUGUAUUCAUGUCUAAAUACCCGUCUUGUUUUAGGCUAAGGAAAAUUGUUGUUUCCAAGAAUAACAAAUAUUCCAUCGAAAGUGUGCUUUUAAAUGUAUCUAUCCGAAAUCAUCGAUAA